UGGGCCUGACCACAGGCCGUGUGCACAGAUUACCGCGGCCGGCUGUACUGUUCCCGGCAGCGGACCGUCGGAGCAGGACGUGUGCAGCUCACACAGCCACCCGGGCUGGGAUUUCCCAGGCGCACGGGGCGCAUGGAAUUUGGGCUUUCCUGAGCAACUGAAGGGGCGCACAAUGGCUGGCGAACGAGGGAGCAGGAACCGCAGCAAGCCCCUGGGGCCAGGAGACUCUCCAAACACCCGGCUCCUUUCAAGCCCACUAAUGGGGGAUUUUGUGUCCGAUUGGUCUCCCAUGCACGAAGCUGCGAUCCACGGACGUCCGCUUUCUCUGAGAAACCUCAUCAGCCAGGGUUGGUCCGUGAACCUCAUCACAGCAGAUCGCAUGUCUCCACUGCACGAAGCCUGUCUCGGAGGCCAUCCCUCUUGUGCAAACAUUUUGUUAAAGCAUGGAGCUCAGGUGAAUGGUGUGACUACAAACUGGCACACUCCCUUGUUUAAUGCUUGUGUCAGUGGCAGCCAGGAAUGCGUGAAUUUGCUUCUGCAGCACGGAGCCAGCCCCUACCCUGAAAGUGAUCUGGCAUCCCCCAUCCACGAAGCUGCUAAGGGAGGCCAUGUGGAGUGCGUGGAAUCUCUUGCAGCUCAUGGGGAUGACAUCGAGCACCACAUCAGACACCUGGGCACUCCGCUGUAUUUGGCUUGUGAAAACCAGCAGAUAGCCUAUGCCAAGAAGCUUCUGGAAUCAGGAGCCAGUGUGAACUGAGGCAAAGGUCUGGAGUCCCCCCUUCACACAGCGGCCAGGACGUCCAGCGGGGAGCUGGCCCUCCUGCUCAUGGACUUUGGAGCAGACCCCCAGACUAAAAACGCAGAAGGCAUUUGUCCUGCAGAGCUGCUGCCUCUGGAGAGCCCCCUGACCCAGCUCUUCCUGCAGAGAUCAGGGCCCCCUUCUCUGAUGCAGUUGUGCCGCCUGAGAAUUUGGAAAUGCUUCGGAGUCAGGCAGCAUCAUAAGAUAACUGGACUCAGCCUACCAGAGGAGCUGAAACGGUUUCUCCUACACGUUUAAAUGUUCCCAAACAUCAGGCAAAGGCAAACAUGAUCAGGCGUUGUAACCAUUGAAAUUUUAAAAUAAAA